UCCGGACAUAUCUGUCAUGCUUCGGCGUCCUGUUCCUGUGGGAGUAAGCGGUCAACAUGCAGCUUGGGCGUGUUUGUGUGUAACAAAGGCGGUGUAAAACAGUUGAGCGCACUCUGAUGCACAUACAAGCAUUGAAGAACAUCAGCAAACUGCAAAAUUGCUUUUUUUCCCCGCAAGAAGAUGUGUGCUAAAAAUAAGCGACUGUCAAUGGCGAGAUACUUUCAAGCGUGAGGCGCGUGGAGUGAUUUAGCCCAUUGAUCGACAAUGGGAAGGAGGCGGAUCCGGCUCUAGUGGCGUCAUUCUGAGGGAUCUGAAGAUGGCUCCUCUAUACGCGUAUCUGGCACACAGCUGCGUCAACGCUCAGCUGUCAGAACACAUAUUGGUGUGAGUAGGAAGGGUUGAAAGUAGAAAUACAACGAGACUGACAGGCAGACCUCCGUCGCUUGAACUCACCUUUGAUCAGUGCGACACCGCCGCUCCAGCCGCCGCGCGCACGCCGGAGCCAUGGGGUCGACCACGGACGAAGAAUUUAAAGAGAAAUUGCUGUGGAAUGUGAAACGGGAGGUGAAGCAGCUCAUGGAAGAGGCUGUCACCAAGAAGUUUGUGCACGAGGACAGCAGCCACGUCAUUGCCCUCUGCAGUACGAUUGAGGCCUGUCUGGGGCACAUGCUGAAGCGACGGGCUGCAGGUUUUCUGCGCAGUGAUAAGAUCGCUGCUCUCUUCACUAAGAUGGGGAAGGUGAAUGAGACGGUGGGGGAGGUGUGCCGCAAGGUGCAGGAGCAGCUGCAGCAGCAAGCCGAGGCCACCAGGAGGAUGCAGAGCUCAGCUCAGGAGCCUUUGCGGCGGCAGGGAUCGGCCGCGGGUUCGAGUGCCGGGCGGGCCCUGCCCCCCCUCUCCGCCCAGGCCAUAAAGCACAUCUGGGUGCGGACGGCUCUCUUUGAAAAGGUUCUGGACAAAGUCGUCCAGAACAUUGUGGACAAUGCCAGUCAGUACUACGAGAAGGAAGCUCUGAUGCACGACUUGGUCUGUGGUCCCAUCCUGGCAGCUCUGCUGGUUGGGCCUUGUGCGCUGGAGUACACCAAGUUAAAAACCUCGGAUCACUUCUGGACCGACCCGUCAGCCAAUGAGCUGGUCCAGAGACACCGGAUCCACGGGGCCCACCGGGGCCAGGACCCCUCGCCCAGCAGGAGGCCCGCCCUGGGGAUCCGGAAGCGGCAGUCCAGCGGCAGCAUGUCGGAGGACAGGUUCGCUGCGUCGGCGCGUGAAUACGUGGAGUCGCUGCACCAGAACUCACGAACACACCUGCUCUACGGCAAGAACAACGUGCUGGUGCAGCCGAAGAAAGACAUGGAGGUUUUGCGGGGGUACCUCUCUCUCCACCAGGCGGGGGAGAACCUCACCCUCAAGUGGACCCCAAAUCAGCUGAUCAAUGGAACGCUGGGAGACUGCCACCUGGAGAACAGUAUAUACUGGGACUAUGCUCUGACUGUGCCUAUCCGCCAGAUCGUGUGCCUCCACUGUCAUCAGCGAGCGGACUCUGGGGGCACCCUGGUGCUGGUGAGCCAGGACGGCAUCCAGCGCCCCCCCUUGCACUUCCCCCCCGGGGGACACCUGCUGGCCUUCCUGUCCUGCCUGGAGAGCGGCCUGCUCCCCCGCGGGCAGCUGGAGCCCCCCCUCUGGUCCCAGCGGGGCAAGGGUAAGGUCUUCCCCAAGCUGAGGAAGAGGAACAGUACGGCCCGUCUUGGGGGGGAGGAGGUGGGGAGAGAGGAGGAGGUGGCUGCUGACUACGUCUUCCGCAUCGUCUACCCUGGCCACCGCCACGAGUCCAUCACUAUAAACUACCACCACACGACGGGCAGUCGCGCGCCCUCGCUGGACGACGACGAGGAGGAGGAAGAUAGACUUCACGCAAUGAUCUCAAUGAUCUGCUCGCGGAACCUCACAGACUCAAAUGCCAUGAAAGACCAUGGGGAGAUGCUGGAGGGACAGGCCUUUGGGGGAAGCCCGUUGUCAUGGCAGCAGGGAGAGUGCAGCAGCCACAUGUCGUCCUGCCUGUCCUGCUCCACCGGGGGCAGCAGUGCGUCUAUCGAGCUUCCCCCCGGCUGCACCUGCAUCCACGACCGGAUUCCUCUGAAGAUGCUGUGCCAGAACAUGAAGAGGCAGAUCGUCUCCAGGGCCUUUUACGGCUGGCUGGCGUACUGUCGGCACCUGUCCACCGUGCGCACGCACCUGUCAGCGCUGGUCAACCACAACAUCGUCCCGCCUGACAAGCCCUGCGAGGCGUCAGGCGGUCUGAGUAAGGACGUCUGGAGCAAGUACCAGAAGGACCGCAAGAACUAUAAAGAGCUGGAGCUCCUGCGAUUGGUGUACUACGGAGGGGUGGAGCACGAGAUCAGGAAAGAGGUGUGGCCUUUCCUGUUGGGCCAUUACAGGUUUGGCAUGAGCAAGAAGGACAUGACACAGAUCGAUGAGAAGAUCACGGCCAGGUAUGAACAGGUGAUGCGGGAGUGGAAGGCGUGUGAGGUCAUAGUGAAGCAGAGGGAGAAGGAGUCAACGUCGGCCAUCUUGGCCAAACUGUCCUCUGGGAGCAGCAUCGACAGCCACGUCCUGAGACUCAUCCACAGAGACUCCACUCUGAGCAACGAGGUGUUCAUGUCUGUGGAUGAGCCAGACGAGGCGGGGCGGAACGCGCCCGGGGGCGGGGCCGACACCUCCACGCUGGCGGCGGCGCUCGCCCCGGACGAGAGGCCGCUGGUGGAGUUCGACUCGCCCGACUCCGGCCUCCCCUCCUCGCGCAACUACUCGGUGGCUUCGGGCCACUCCCAGAUCCUCUCCAGCAUCGAGGACAGCCAGAGCAUGGAGGAGGAGCCGGGGGAGGAGCCGGGGGCGGAGCCAAGAGAACAGGGCCGACAGGACUCCCUGACCGAGGAGCGGCUCUGUAGCCAGCUGGACAGACUGGAGACCGGCAGUGAUACCAUGCCCGCGUCUUUCUCCUCAUACACGAUUGAGCUGCUGGACACUGUAGCUCUAAACCUCCACAGGAUCGACAAGGACGUCCAGCGCUGCGACCGCAAUUACUACUACUUCACCCCCGCCAACCUGGAGAAACUGCGCAAUAUCAUGUGCAGUUACGUGUGGGAGCACCUGCAGGUGGGGUAUGUCCAGGGCAUGUGUGACCUGCUGGCCCCGCUAAUGGUCAUUCUGGAAGAUGAAUGCCUUGCAUACAGCUGCUUCACCCAGUUGAUGAAGAGGAUGAGCCAGAACUUCCCCAGCGGGGGUGCCAUGGAUACUCAUUUUGCGAACAUGAGGUCGCUGAUACAGAUCCUGGACUCAGAGCUGUUUGAGCUGAUGCAGCAGAAUGGGGACUACACACACUUCUACUUCUGCUACCGCUGGUUCCUCCUGGACUUCAAACGAGAGAUGCUCUAUGAGGACGUGUUUUCGGUGUGGGAGGUGAUCUGGGUGGCUCCUCGGAUCUCUUCUCGGCACUUUGUCCUGUUCAUCGCCCUGGCGCUGGUGGAGGUGUACCGGGAGAUCAUCCGCGACAACAACAUGGACUUCACCGACAUCAUCAAGUUUUUCAACGAAAUGGCGGAGCGUCAUGACGUGCAGCGUAUUCUCCAGAUUGCUCGUGAGCUGGUGCACAAAGUCCAGACUCUGAUUGAGAACAAGUGAGCGGAGCUAGAAACAGUUGGGGGCGGAGCCAGGAGGGGUUGGGGGCGGAGCCAAGAAGAAGGGGAGGAAGAAACGAGUCCCUCAGUGACCACUCCCCACAGUCCCGCAUACCAGCUGCACUGACUGGCCGUCGUGCCACAGGGAUGGGUGGGCUGGAGUGGGCGGGGUUUGUCCAUGGUGGGCGGGGCCUCAGCCUGCUGGCUCUGGGUGUAUUUAACUUGCUCUUCACAGAAUGCCAUUGUGUCAGAGUCUGCAUGCAUGUGAGUUUGAGCACACUGUGACCUAGUUUUAACUUUUUAUGUAAAACAGACACACACACACGCACACAUACACACACAGCAUAUUUACUAGAUCGUUUUAGAUCAGUACAGUUUACAGGAACGAAUCGCGCCCAAUCUCACGGUCGACGGAGUCGUGUCUUUCCCGAAGGGUCGCCAGAAAGCACAGGCGAAGAGGAGGUUUGCGUGACAGAGCUCAGCCUGUUCAGAGCGGGAUCCAGUCCGAGCAGCACAGCUGCUGGAGCACCCCAGAGCCCGGCGUGGACGGCACGUCUGGUCCGAGCUCAGCACAGUACAGUUGCCAACGUGCUUCACGCCACUUCGCCACUGAAGCAAAGACAGGAAUUAUCCAGUUUUCUGUGACCAAAAGAACUGUGCCAAUUUCAGCAGCUUUUCAUGGUGUUUGUACGCGGAGCGUUUAAAAUGACCGAUUCAGCUUCCCUUUUUCUGCUCUUCGACAUCUCGGUUUGUCGGGGUGAAAAAUACAGACGUUGCCUUCAUGAAAAUACUCAACACUUAUAUCUGCUUUUUGCACUUUGAAGACAUUCCCUAACCUGCGUCAGUGAUCUCCUUUAAACAGAGAUGCAUAUGUGUGUGUUGUUACCGGGGAGGAGGGGCUUAACUCUGCACCCCCCGGAGACAAGACACAGGAGGGGAUUGAGGGAGGGGUUCAUUCCCCAGAAAGGAGGGCCAUCUGGACCAAUGAGAUGUGACCUGCUCUCCCACUGAAAAGCCACGCCCCUCUCCAUUUCUGCCUCCAGUCUGUUACUGUUACAUCUGGGAUAGACCAACAUCUGUGACCCAAAUGCCUGGUGUGUCUCUGAUUACACCUCUUAGCUCAUCUCUGUCAGCUAGGGUUCAUCCACUCAAUACAGGAACAGGAAAUAUGCAGGAAGAGGAAAUGGAAAUAUACAGGAAGUGUAAUGGGAAAUAUACAGGAAGAGGAAGUAUACAGGGAGUGUAAUGGGGAAAUAUACAGGAAGAGGAAUAGGAAAUAUGCAGGAAAAGGAAGUAUACAGGAAGUGUAAUGGGGAAAUAUGCAGGAAGAGGAAAGGUUGCAGAAGCUUUUGGCAGGAGCUUGUGUACCAAAGCCUUGUGGCAUGCACAUGUGCAAUUUAAACCAUCUCUUAAGACUGUUUACUAGGUGUAUUAAAUAUAUGACUGGCUGUUUCUAUUUCUACUGUGCAGAGUUCUUUAUCCCCCCUGUCUGUCUCUCCCACUGUACAGAGCGAAAGCCCAAUAUUUCUAUAACGGGACAGCGAUGGUGGCUAAUUUUAAAUUGUAUUUUUUACGCUGGUUUCGCGAGACCAGGACCCGGCCUGCACAUGGCACAUGCGUGGGAACCUUGAAUGUGUGCCGUUUGUUACGCGUUGACUGUUACGUGUCUCUUCAUUAGUGUGGUGCACUGACUUUUAUUUGACAAUUUUAGUUCUUAUUUGGAAACCAACAUUUGAAUGAUACAAAUAUGUAUUGUAAAGGAUAUAUCAUUUAUCUUGAAUGUAAUAUAUUAAUAAAAAAAGAUCUCAUUA